AUGGUCAGGCAUGCCAAAAGAAAUCCCGGUGAAAACUCCUCUACAACCCACGACGUUUGCAAAGUUGGACUUUCUUACACUGAGGGGAUUCACGAUUGGAAACGAAGACACAUGGAGACGUUGACGGCCCAAGACCAAACUGUGCCGACACCGUCGUCUAAUGAAGAUAGUGGAGAGAUCAGAAAGAUGAUUGCAGCUCCAGUGCUUGAAGAAUCGGAAGGAAUUUGCGUUCGUUCUGUGGAUUGUAGGAAUCGUUUCGAAUACGGCAUCCAAAUGCUGAAGAAGCUUAGCCCUUCCGAGGCUCAAAAUCAUGGAUUUGACCGUGAUCCAUCAUUAUUCACGAUGCAAGACACAUUCGCACACUUUAAAGCAUGGGGUAACAGUAUUGCAGCGUUCCAAAAUGUUGUGAGACGCAGCUCGCUGGAGUUUCGUCUGAAAGAAGCUAGUGAAAUACAACAAAGAGUUUUGAAGAUCCUUGGUAAUCUCCAAGUGUCGUUAUAUGAAGCUGCCCUGAUCUUCAUCGGGGAAGAAAAGAACGAGUCAUGGCCAAUUGAGGAAUUCAGUGAUUCUGAAAAUGAGGGGGUAGGCAUAGAGUUUGAACAGACUUCCGAGCUACAGGAACUCUUCAGAGCGAUGAAAGAUGCGAAUACAAACCUCAUGAAGCUUUCUAUGGUCAUUCGAAACUCGCCAGAUCGAGACGAUUACCUCAAAGCUGCUACGAGAUACCCGUUCGAUGCUAGUUAUGAUAUCGGCCACGUGAGAGAGAAGCACGGCUCUGCAAAAGGCAUUGCUGAUUGGCUAGUUGUGCGUCUCGGAAAGGCCAUCACAAGGCGACGCCAAUACCUAAAAUAUCGUCAGGAUCAUCAUGGGAAGUUGACAAGGGAUUGGGGCGAGACUGCUGUCAUUGACGAGAAUAAAAAGACAAUUGCUUCAACUGAGGCCACAGAUUUUAUUGAAAAUACUAUUCCAGUUCAGAAGGAUGAGUCGGAGCUGGGUAGCUACUUCGGUUCGCAGACUUCCUACGAAGCUACAAUUGUGGGGGAGGCUGCUGGGAGAUUGAAGGUACCUUCUCAUCCAAAAAUGGCAUUCGAAGAUGUGCCCUUUGAGUUUGGUAGCCCCUUUCGAUGCCCCUACUGUUUCACAGAACAGAUAGUCGAGAACGGCUCUGAUUGGAAGAAACAUGUGUUCAGAGAUCUUAGACCCUACGUCUGUACUUUCGAGGAAUGCGACAUGAGAAUGUUCCGCAGUCGGAACGAAUGGUUCGCACACGAACUUCAGCAUCAUCGGAGAGAGUGGGCCUGUCAACAAUGCCAGCAUACCCCAUUUUCGACCUCCUUAGCAUAUAAAACACAUCUGAUGUCAAAGCACCACAUUGAAGUGGAAGGGUCUCAACUCAAAGGCUUGAUGUUGCAAAGUGAAGAGCCGGUAGAGAAGAUAUCUGCAACUGCAUGUCAACUAUGUGAUGAGUGGAAAACAAAUAUUGAAGACAUAAAGCACGACUAUAAGCGCUACUUCUUCAAUGGAGGACAGCCAUCGCAACCUUGCGGGACUCGUGGGCAGUUUAGACGACAUCUAGGGCGACACAUGGAACAAUUAGCUUUAUUCGCGUUGCCUACGGAUGAAGAUAUUAUGGAAGACGAAAGUCUAAGCGAAGAGGAGUAUCACGAAGAGGCGUCAGUUUCUAACGCAAACCGCGAAGACAUUAACAACGAGGCUCUUAAAGAGUCAAUAUCUGAAGACUUUUCACUGAAUAUCAGCGAUCUUUGGAAACAGCACAAUACAAUGACAAGAGGAGCAAACCCCCUGAAUGUAACAUGUCCGGACAUUACUACUUCUAAAGAGCAACAUUCGAGUGGUCUCGCCACCAAAAAGAAAGUCGAGCUUAACCGCGUCCAGAGUUUCCUGAAGAUCCUCAUCCCCAUCCGUGAAAGUGUGGCUCCCUUAAACGAUGCUGAGGAUAAUCAUAUACCGCCAGAGACAUGUUGGAAUAAGAUCGAUGAAAGGCUUGUGAGCCCAGACACAUUGGAGACUGGAAAAGAACAAUCUGAAAUCGAAGAGGAUUUUGCGAUUGUAGUCCGAGUAUUGAGCCGAGAAGAAACUCAAGCAUAUGCCGUUGAGACCCAGAAAAUACGAGGUGGACAAGAAACAGAUCGCGCAGCUACCCGCAGUACAGAUAUAGACAGUAGUUGUCAUCGAGAUCGUCGCUCAGAUUACCGGGAUGCUCAUCAGAGACAUAAACGAGAAACAGAGAUGUACCCUCGAAGGGAGUUAGACACGUCCCAAGAUGAGACUAAUUUGGCAUGUCUUCCAGGUGAUAGAACUUUGAUAGCAACACGCAAUGAAGAAAUGGAAUGGGUCUUAUACAAACGUCCUAUUUUCCGAGAAAGACACCUGAUGCUUGCCGAAGGCUUUAUGAUCGAUUAG